AUGGUGCAAGUCACUCUGUUUUGUGCAGUCGUUGGAAUACCGGACAGCGUUUUCUCCGUGAAAAUUGACACGAAUGAUAGUGUAGAUCAAUUGAAGGAGGCGAUCAAGGUGGAGAAACCAGCGGAGAUUCAGUGCGAUGCCGAUGAGCUACAACUCUUUAUAGCUAGAAAGAGCGGGACGUGGCUGCCAGAUGAUACUGAUCUCGACGAGUUGUUUCCGACUGAAGGGUAUCGUGAUGAAAUGCGAGCGAUGCGAGUAUCGAGGGAAUUGGCAGAUCACAGUCUCUUUGGUACUAGUGUGUCGCCGGGAAAGGAGGUUGUCCACGUGCUGGUAUUGCUUCCACCGACAUUACGCUAUCCUCAGACAAUCAGGGUGUGUGGCGUCAAUCUGCGUUUCACGCCUAGCAUACGAAACACAUCACUUGCCGCUUUUUGGAGAGCCUUUCGUGCAAAUUCGACCCAAGUCGUAGCGGACGCUGUGAUUACACUACCCGAAGGAACACUCCUUCUCGGUGAAUUCGACUUUGGCUCUCGCAUGUACAUUCGUCCUUGCUAUCUGCAGCUAUGGGAUAUUUGCCUUGCUAUUUUGAGCGAUGAGAAUACCGCCUGUCGGCGGCUCUUGAUCCUCGGCAACCCAGGAACCGGCAAGACCUUUUUUGCCAUUUUCGUCCUAUUCCAUCUUGCUCACGCCGGAGCAACGGUAGUUUACGAGAGUGCUGGACAGGUGAACAAUCGUACCCUCUUCUCGGGCAAUAAGGUGGUCAACGGGUUGUGGGCGGAUUUUUCUGACAUUCUUGCGCAGCCGGAAACGUUUUACGUUGUGGAUGGUGUCCAACCGUUGCACUGCGAAGCAAAGACAAUUCUUGUCACAUCGCCACACAAGGACAUUUGGCGUAAUUUUGACAAGAGCGGCUCUUAG